AGUUAGUCAUGAAAUGACUCAGAAAAGAUUUAUUUGUUGGCGGCAACUCAAAACCACAGGAUCCAUCAGCCACAACUUCGAAGGAAACCGAUCACAACGUCCUCUUGUUCGUAAGAUCCUUCACGAUCGAUGCUUUCUUCUCCUUUAUCAGUUAGUGGUUUGUUAGGCUGCCUUGAUUGAAUACAGGAACAAGAUGAAGUUUACUCCUCGGUUUUGGAGGACAGUCCGACGAAUGAGCAUUGGCGUGGCGGCACCUGCAGUUCCCACGGCGUUUUGGUGGAAAUACGCUCACGACGAACGGCAAAAACGAGCCCAAGAUGUCAAAACCAGAGUCCGUCUACCCAAUGUCCAAACUGUGGAUGAUUUAAUGGUGGAAAAAUGUCGACCUGGAGAUGUCAUUCUCUUUGACCGAAGACCAGAAUUGUGCGCUUCGGGACCUUGGGCUGCUUUGUCUUGCAUUGUGGCGAGGGCUCUCUUGUGCGAUGAUGGGGAUGAGCAAGUGCGAUCCGUGGACCAUGGGAAAUUUGAUCAUUGUGGAAUUGUGGUUCCUGGAUAUGUCAAAUCCAGAAAGGACAAAUUUGAUCCUUCCAAUCUACUGGUGCUGGAGGCAACGGCAGGGGAAGGAGUUAUUGCCCGUCCGCUCUUGACUAGAAUAGAAAUGUCACAAUCCAGAUCCAUGAUAUUGCUCCCAUUGGCGUCGUCCGGAGAGAGACGCAAUGACGAAAACUAUGAAAUGCCACCGUCGACCAAACGGAUACGGGACUACAUGGACAAACAAUUCGUGUCGUUUCGUGAUACUUGGGUCAAUCUUUCCGAAAAGGGCGGCUAUAAAUGGGCUCAUAGUACGCUCUGUUUGGGCGGAGCCAUGGCUUAUGCCACCAAUUUGCAAAAGUUUAGUAGCGGUCCAGUAUCACCAUCUGCUUGGGUUGUGGUGCUGGCACUCAAACAAGCGGGUGUGUACCAAGAUGUCGCCGAGGAGCGCACUUUGAGCAUCAAAGUCGAAGACUUCUUGCGAGACCAUCGGUUUCAAGAACAAGAGUCUGUCCGAUUGAGACCUGGAUUCAAGUUCUUGGGACCCGUGUCAAUGCGAGAGUCAUCCAUGACAGGAUAACAGCAACUACUGUAGUGCCGUAGUACAAGGUUCAUGAGCGCGCUUUCUUCUCUGGUCUCUUUGGCACCUUGUAGAGCGUACCGUAUCAAGUACAUGUAGUACGAACAGAAAACCAACCAACCGAUGU